ACAUAUAAAAAAAAAUGAUUGUUCGUCCCGAGAGGUCGAGAGUCGAGACUGUUUGCCCGAUUUGAGAGAUUUCAACUCGUCUUUUUAUUAGUUUUUAAGAUAGCCCCGUAAGUACUCGUCCAUUUGACGACGGUGAGCGUGGUGAUGGAAAGGGAGCUGGCGACGCUGGACAAAGGCGCGCAAUGCUGCAGCUGGAACUACUGUGGGCAGCGUUUCGCUGUGGGCUACGCCGAUGGCUCCGUCGCCAUCCACAAUUCGGACUCCUCCAUUUCUCGCUCCUCAAAAUUCAUGGUGCAUGCAGAUGGCAUUAUGAAUAUUAUUUGGAUUCCUCCAGAAUUUGGUGAUGCUAUUGCCUGUAUUUGUGUUGACGGAACAUUGUCCUUGUGGGAGGAAGUUGGAGAUGAUGCCCAUUCUGUUACAUGGAAGCAAUGUAAAGUUUUUGAAAGGAGUAGUCCUAGAGUUCUUGAAGUACAAUUUGGACUUCCAACUAGAUACUUAAAAAUGGUUGCUGCUUAUUCAAACGGUCAUGUGAAGAUCUUUGAGCUUUUGGACUCAUUGGAGUUGAACAAGUGGCAAUUGCAGGCUGAAUUCCAGAAUGUUAUUGAUUCAGUUUCUGCAUUUGGGAAGCCAAUAUGUACAUCUGCAUCUGUUGCUUGGAGUCCUCGAAGAGGUGAAAAACAGCAAUCAAGCUUUGUAUUGGGAUUUAACUCAGAUCUUCCUCAAUUCAAUUCCUGCAAGAUUUGGAAAUUUGAAGACUCCUAUCAAAGAUGGCUACCAGUUGCUGAAUUAGCUUUACCUGCAGACACAGAUGAUAGAGUACAUGCUGUAGCUUGGGCGCCCAAUAUUGGCAGGCCCUUUGAAGUCAUAGCUGUUGCAUCAUGCAAGGGAAUUGCAAUUUGGCAUGUAUGGUUGAAUUCCGACACAGAUGGAAGACUUUCGACCGAGAAGUUUGUGCUACUAUCUGGUCAUGACAGUGAGAUAUGGCAACUGGAGUGGGAUGUGAGUGGUAUGACAUUGGCAUCAACAGGAGGUGAUGGUAUGGUCAGGCUGUGGCAAUCUAACCUAAAUGGGGUCUGGCAGGAGCAGGCUGCUCUUGAUUGCAGUGGAGGCCAACCAUGAGAGAUGUAAUUAUUUUCCUCCAUGAUUUAAGGAUUUUUUACAGUUCUUAUAAGCUAUGUAAGAAUAUUUUGGAAUCGCAAUUUUUGUAUUUGACUAAUACUAAGUUAUUGCUUCGAAUGGUAUUAUUUUGAAAUCUGUCUUCCUGUUCUAUUGUUCUGACUUCGUGGAAAAAUAUAUUAUUCUUGGAAGACUAUUAUUAACACAUGAUAUUCACUUGCAGGAGAUAAAUUUUGUUUAAUUUUCAUGGGUGUUGCAUGACCAUGGUAUUAGAAUUUGUUAGAAUAUAACUAAUAUAUUUUUUAUUGAUGCAAAGAGGGAUAUAAAUACCGAUUUCAUGAUCUACAGGCACGUCAUGAAUUCACUCAUAUGCCCAAGCUGACCAUACUCUCUUCUUUCGACAAUCUUUCAGCGGCUAGGUAGCGAUCAUUAUUGUCAAUGUUGACGGUAUUAUUCUCACAGGUAAUGACUUACGACAUUAUUAGGGAAAUAUACGA